AUGGUUCUGACAGGGCACUCACUCGGUAGAAACAAGCUAGAACAACUUCUGAAACAAGGAAGGCAAUCAAAAGAGGACAUUAAUUCUACAUACAAAAUUAUGCGUAGGGUAGAAGCAGAAGAACUUUCACUUGAUGCUGCAGAACUUGUUAUUACAAGCACCAAGCAGGAGAUUGAUGAACAGUGGGGACUAUAUGAUGGAUUUGAUGUAAAGCUUGAGAAAGUUUUGAGGGCCCGUGCAAGAAGAGGGGUCAAUUGCCAUGGUCGCUACAUGCCAAGGAUGGCGGUUAUCCCUCCUGGGAUGGACUUCAGCAAUGUCAUAGCACAAGAAGACACAGCCGAAGUCGAUGGUGAACUUGUAGCACUAACCAAUGGUGAUGGUACUUCACCUAAAGCACUCCCUCCAAUAUGGUCAGAAGUAAUGCGGUUUCUCACAAAUCCCCACAAGCCAAUGAUUCUAGCAUUGUCAAGACCAGAUCCAAAGAAAAAUAUUACCACACUUGCAGCUCAUUAUGCUGAUGCUAUUGGUCCCUGCUAUGGAAUUCCCAAUUAUUGUGAUGUUUGGAUGGAUAAACUCCGAUGUCUCACUGUUACAUUUGGAAGGUCUUUUCCUGUGCUUGCGACUUGGUAAAUGGGAAGCAGGAUUAGGUGGAACUGGCUACUACGUUGCUUGUAUUACAGGGGAACCAGUGAAAGAUUCUAAAACUUCCAUUUCUGUGAGUGUUGGAGGUAUUAAAUGCUCGAUUGGGAGUCAGUAUGUGUCCAAUCAGGACUUCUUAGAGGAUGAAUUAAAGGUCUGGUGGUCCAGAACUUUGAGGAAUGGUGGGAAGAUUCCAUCAACGGAGGAUUUGGAAACGAAAUUGAGACAGAGAAUCAAAUUAGGCUUCUAAAUUCUACACUUAAGACCAGUAGCAUAGCAUCACCAAGCUACAGUGGGUUUCUUGCGCAAGUUUUCUGAUUUGGUUAAUUAAGGCAAGUUUUUCGGUAUUCAUUGUUGGUUUUGACAUCUGUUUUAACUUGAGCUGAGAAAGUGCGAAUUCAGAAUAAAAGCACCCUUGGGGUAAGCUGAGAAUAGCUGAACAAGCAUGUAGUUAUUGUACAUAGAAAACUAGUUUGGAUCCUGUUUGAAAACUAGAAUCAGUAGUGGGAAAUUUUAACCAAUUGCUUGGCUUCCAAGGUCGCCUAGUCUUAAAAA